AUGCCUUACGGGACUAAGUGGCGAAGGCACUGCCGUGCAUUUCACGAACAUUUUCACGCGAACGCCAUCCAUAAAUAUCUACCGAUCCAGGUGAAAGAAACUCAAGCCUUACUCCGUCGGCUUCUCACGACACCGCAAAAUUUUAUGCAUCACAUCCGACACACUUUUGCAUCGACUAUUAUGAGUGUCUCUUACGGCCUACCCGUCUUGGAAUCCAACGACCCCUAUAUCACUUUGGCUGAGGAGGCCCUGCGAGGCGUUGCCGAGGCUGGCAUUCCGGGGACUUUUUUGGUGGACCUGCUGCCGGUCUUGAAAUAUGUGCCAAGCUGGUUUCCUGGUGCUGGUUUCAAGCGGAAGGCUGCUCACCAUGCCGUCAUAAAUGCUGAAGCUGUGGGUCAACCCUUCAAAACUGUACAGAGAAAAAUGGCAGAGGGAACAGCGAUACCUUGUGUUCUGACCUCUUUGUUGGAGGAAUUUCCCGGAAAUGAAGAACUAGGCCAAGCGGAGGAAGAGCUUAUCUCUCGAAAUACCGCUGCGAUAGCAUACAACGGUUUUAACCACUCAAAGUUUUUUUUGGCCAUGGCGAUGUAUCCGGAAGUCUUGCGAAAGGCACAGGCGGAAAUCGAUGCAGUCGUCGGAAUAAAUCGCCUUCCAGACUUUAACGACCACCCUUACCUGCCAUACAUAAAUGCAAUAAUCAAGGAAAUGAUGUGUUGGCAAUUGGUUCUUCCCCUCGGUUUUGCACACAUGGCUACUGAGGAUGAUGAGUAUGAUGGAUACUUUAUUCCGAAAGGUACUGCUGUCAUCGGAGCUGCAUGGUCAAUCUUGCAUGAUCCCGAAGUAUUCGAGGGCCCUGAAGAAUUUAGGCCGGAGCGCUAUCUCAAAGACGGUCAAAUAGACCCAAGCGUUAGGGAUCCAGGAGUUGCAGCUUUCGGGUUCGACAGGAGGAUGUGUCCUGGGAGGUACCUGAGCGAUAAUUCUCUAUAUUCUAUCGUCUCGUCUGUCUUGGCGGUAUAUAAUAUUAAUGCGCCAGUUGAUGAAUCCGGAAAGCCUAAUCAGCUUGUGGUGAAUUACACAAGCGGGCUUCUGUCAUAUCCCGUACUUUUCAACUGCACAAUCAAGCCACGCUCCAAAGCUGCUGAAUUUCUGAUUCAAGGCAUCAGUGAUUGA